UUUCAUGUAUUGUUUGUGAUCAACACCGCUCGCUCUUGUUAUGAACAGUACUGUGAGUGUAUUGAGAAUGCAGAUGAUUUGUCAUGGUUUCAUGGUGAAGAGCCUGAAGGCGUGGACUCACAGAAAUCGGGCAGUGAUCAGCGACUGCGAAGCUCAGGACGCAGGCUACUGAAGAUGAAGCUCUCUGACGGUCAGAACGUGGUGCAUGCCAUCGAGUAUGGUGGAAAAUUGUCUUUGGACGAGAAUACUCUACCAGGAACGAAGAUACUUCUGACGGCUAGAGUUCUUCUUCGGCGAGGAAUUCUUUUGCUGAAUCCCGCAAAUUGUCAGGUAUUGGGCGGAGACUAUGGGAAGCCGCUGGAUCUCGCUCUUUUGUUUGCAGAACGUUUAGGUAUCAAGCAUGAUGUGAAAACGAAUUGCCGUGUUCCCCCAGAUGUUCCAUCUGCACCGCCGCUCUUACCAUUAGUGAAAUCGGAAGACGAGAAAAUGGCUAAGUCUCGGAACAAUACAUCUAACAAUAAUCUCACGACAAUUUCUCCGUUUCUUGUGCGUGUUCCACGAAUACCCAAUCAACUGUUGCACAAUCCAGAAACAGACGCUCAAAAGCCGAAUGUGACUGUCAAGAAAGAGAUAUACGAUGUGGAGAGAACGGCAGUUGUUCCACCGCUUCAAAGUAUGCCCUCAGUUACAAUUAUCCCGACCGGGAGUGUUGAGAAAUCAGAACUAACGGACAACAUACCAAGAUGUAAUGUAGCGCCAACAGUCCAGAAGAAGUUGUUGUUGCCAAUGGAGAAUCAUGAGGCUCGUGGCGGUCCAUCAACGACGGUUCCCUUUGAGGAUUUACCUAUUCCUACAGGUAAUCUCAAAGUGAUACCUCAUGCCACAAAACCAUCAGCUAAGCAGAAUAAAACCGCUCUGUGA